AUGAUUAAUUCUUCUUCACAACAUUUUUAUAUGCCUCACAACCAUCGCAAGAAUAAUGAUCAUAAAAUAACAGAAUACCAAGUAUUACAGUAUUACGAAGAAAUUAUAAAGACCUACACAACUAGCACAAAUCAGAACACGAAAUCAGCGAUUUGGUACAAUUGA